AUGUCCCGCCAGCGGCGAGGCCUACACUUGCCGCAGGCCCUCCAGCAAGAGCUCGGGCUUGAGCUAUCCCAGAAAAGACGCAAUAACGGUGUUCAGAAUCGUAAGGAACAGCGCAAAGCGCACAGAAUCGAGAAGAGACAGCAUGUGCGACAUAGUCAAGGGCAACCUGCGCCAGGGAAGCGGAGAUCGAGACAGGAUAUUGAAUCCGAGGACGAAGCAUUUGAGGAGUCUGAUGCCGUCUCAGAUGAUCCUGCAAUUCCAUCCCAGGAGACUCAGACGAAGUCUCGUGUUCGAUCACCACCACGAGAACAACCUAAGACGAAGUCUAUGCUGAAGCGACCAGAAACGUCCCCACCAGAAGACUUAGGUGAAGAGACCAACAAAGCCAAUGGGGACUACGAGCGUUUAUAUCGGGGAGACUCGCCCGAGAUCGUGCUGGAUGCCAGUUCACGAUCUUAUAAAGAUAAGCAGGCUGAAGAUGACGAUGAGAUUGCAGCACUUGAGAAAAGGCUUGGCAUCAAAGGCAAGAAAAGAAAAGCGGGCAAUGAUGACGGCCUGGAGGAGCUGUUCGGACUCGAACCUGAAGAGGAAGACGAGAGGACGAGUAGAAGGCGAGAAGCGGACGAGUGGCUCAAAGACAAACGGCGAAAGGCCAAGCGUCAAGGUCAAGCGCAUCAGGCAGUGAAUGGGAUUUCAGGCAGUGAAACCGGGAGUGACUUGGAUGAGGGCAUGUCCUGGUCAAACGAUUCCAACAGUGAGGUUGCAGACAGCGACGAUGGUCAUAGCGAAGACGAGGAUGGCGGUAUGGAUCUGGAUGCGGAUGACGAUUUUACUGGAUUCGACUCUGAUGAGGACGAUAUUGCCCCAGAACGUCCAUCACCGAGAAUUCGCGAAAAUCCUUACGUGGCUCCUGUAACCGCUUCGACGGCCACUGCCAAAUAUGUUCCGCCAUCGCUUCGCAAAAUGCAGAACUCGGAACAUGAGUCUGUCACUCGCCUCCGCCGCCAGCUUCAGGGACACCUCAACAAGCUCUCCGAGGGGAAUAUCAUAUCCAUUCACUCGUCAAUUGAAGGACUCUAUCGCACCAAUCCUCGUGGAACCGUUACGGACAUCUUGAUCGACCUGCUCUUGUCACUCUUCUCCACACCGUCUAUCCUCAGCAAUACUUUCUGCAUUCUCCACGGCGCCUUCGCCGCAUCAAUCUACCGCACCAUGGGCGUCGACUUCGGGGCCUCGCUUCUCUCCGGUCUGGUCGACCGCUUUCUCAACUACCAUACCACGGACGCAACCACGAAGGAGCCUCUCAACUUGGUAUCUCUUCUCUCCAACCUCUUCACAUUUGGUGUUACAGACACCCCGCUAAUCUACUCCUUCAUCCGCCUACUCCUCACACCUCUUUCCGAAAGCAACACAGAGCUUCUCCUCCGCCUGAUCCGGGAUUGCGGCCCACAGUUACGGUCCGACGACCCUAGCGCGCUUAAGACCAUCGUGUCCCUGACUCAGCAAGCUACCGCUGACCUGCAAACUCAAGGCAAGGUUAUAAGUGUGCGCACAAAGUUCAUGCUCGAGACGAUUGUCGAUCUCAAGAACAACAAGCUCCGUCAAAGCACUGUCGACAUCGGCACCACGAAAGAACACAUCAGCCGUAUGCGCAAAGCGCUCGGCUCUCUGCCGGCGCAAGCCCCACUCCGGAUCGAUUUGAACGACAUCCGCAACUCAGACAGGAAGGGAAAAUGGUGGCUGGUCGGCGCUAGCUGGAAGGGGCAUGAUGGAAGUAGUUCCACACCUGGUGUUCGACCUACCGAUGAGGACAACGACCUGCUCGCAAACGAAUUUGCCGAGGCCGCUGAACCAGAUUACGCUGCUCUGGCCCGCCACUUGCACCUUACCACUCCCCUAGCAGUAACAAUCUUCACCGCCCUCGCUACAUCCCCCUCGGCGCUGGAAGCACACGCUCGGCUACUUAAGCUCAACCUCAAAAAUGCCCAGAUCCCGGAGAUCCCGCGCGUGCUGGUACGUGCAUGUGGCGCCGAGCCGCAGUACAACGGCUUCUACGACGUUGUUGCGCGGCGGCUGUGCACGCUCGGAGAUAAAGCGAAGCGCUUGAGCAAGGGAUUCGAGUUUGCGGGCUGGGGGUUCUUGCGAAAGAUUGGAGGGACAAAUGCCGAUGGCGAGGACGAUGGCGCGGAAAGCUACGAUGAGGAAAGUGACGAAGUCGAGAUGCAGGAGCUGAGCAAUGUUGCGCGACUGUAUGCCAGCUUAAUCCAUGCGGGGUGUGUGAGUCUGGCGCUGCUAAGGGUGGUGGACUUGCAUACGUUGAAGGGCGAGAGCAAGGCGCAGCUGUGGGCGGAGCUGCUGCUCGUUCGGAUACUGGUAUUGUGCAAAGGCGACGCGGUCUCGGUGAAGAACAUAUUCAGUCGGCUAGAGGCUGCGAAGCAGGUGAUUCCCAGGUUGAUGAUAUUCGGCAAGCGAUGGGUUCGGAGCAGUCAGCUCGUCGAUGGGGAAGGAGAGGAAACGCGUUGGCUGAAGUUGGGUUGGAAGACUGCAGAUGCGGUCUUGGAGGAGCUUAGCCGGAAUGCUUAA